CGGACUUCCUGCCUGCCUGGUCAGCUGAUUCCGACGGAGGCGAGACACAGGAGGAGGAUAAUCGCUAACAUCCAUCCACAAUGAUUGCGAUGUCUCAUCCUUCAGGACAGCCUGUGAAAUGAACCAGACCGAUCUGUGAGGCCCCUUAAACCUGUGGACUGGACUGGACUGGACUCAGUGCUGGAGGAGCGUUUUUCAGCGGAUCUCCGUACAAACAGCAGAUCUGUCCCCUGCUUCUCCUCCCCUCUGCUCUCUUGGCUGCGGAAAAGGCCGUUUCUUUUUUCUCCUCCUCUCCCCAAACGCAACAACGCCAGAAACGGACGUUGAGAAAGCAGCCGACCUAACCGGAACCAAUGAGGGAGCCAGAACGGGAGCAGCAGCCUGAAGACAACAUGCCCCCCAAGUUCAAGCGACACCUCAACGACGACGAGGUCACCGGGUCCAUCCGCAGCGAGAGGAGGAACCUGCUGGAGGAGGACUCUGAUGAAGAGGAAGACUUCUUCCUGAGAGGCCCAACAGGACCCAGAUUUGGACCUCAGAAUGACAAAAUGAAGCACGUACAGUCCCAGGUUGACGAGGUGAUCGACGUGAUGCAGGAGAACAUCUCCAAGGUGAUAGAGAGGGGUGAGCGCCUCGAGGACCUGCAGGACAAGUCCGAGAGCUUGUCGGACAACGCGUCGGCGUUCAGCAGCCGAGCCAAGCAGCUGCACAGGAGGAUGUGGUGGAGAGACAUGAAGAUGAAGAUGAUUGUUGCACUGGUAGUUGUUGCUCUGCUGCUGAUCAUUAUCAUUCCAGUCAUCCUUCGAUAUCGUUAGUGAUCGACGAGGAGGAGGGGGACCUCUUCCUCGUCCUCAUCCCCCUGCAUCUGCUCAUCUGGCACCAUCGUCAGAGCCGGCCUGUUCACCCUCGGCUCUUAUCUCGGGCCUUAGCUCAGAUCUUACCGUCAGAUUCUCAUGUGAGAUCAGAUCUAAGGCCGGGUUUGAUCCCCUCUUGAUGAGGUCUGGGGAGAACAAAAACAUUGACUUUUGUUUUGACCGUCUCGUCCGCGGGAAGGAGCUCUCCCGUCCCACCAAACGUAUCACGGGCAGAGGCCUGGCUAUAUGUCCUCCAUGUUACGUCGCACACGAACGCUCCAGGACCAGGGAAGCCGACGGCCUGGCUUAAGUUUUUUUUUUUUUUUUUUUUUCCUGUAGAUUUGCUGCUGCAGCCCUCGCUUUAAGAGGCUGAAACCGCCAGCAGACGAACCUCUGAUGUCUUCCCACCGUUCUCCACAUGUGCGUCUCCGACACUAGCAGGAGAGAUGGUUUAAAGGGAACGCUUAUGUAGUAAAAGCACAUUUUUAAAAUUCUCUCCCGCACCAGGCGGGAAGACAUCUGAGCUUCAUCUGCGUUUCUCCUUUUUUUUUUUUUAUCACAAAAGCUGAUUUUUUUUUUUUUAUUUAAAAAGAAAAAAGUGAUCAGUCCUACCCUGAGGGUAAGAUUUCUGUUUGGGAUUAAAAAAAAUAAAUAAAAAAAAAAAGAUGGGAUUUUUCACAUGCUUAUACAACAGUGCGGUUGUAGCUCGUUGUGAUGUGCAGAAAAGAAACCCGGACGGCCCGGCUCUGCAGGAACGUGCGGAUCUCUGGGCUGCUUUGGGUUUUUACUUCACUCCCUACACAGCAAACCUUUCUGCUUGGUUUAAAAACUGCAUCGUUAUUUUCUGUAAACGGGAGUAAUUAUCUCUGCUUUACGACGCUCCGUAUGAACGCUGGUAUCUGCUACUGGGUGGGGGGGGGAUGGUUUACCUCUGCACUGUCCCGAUUGAGAAGGAAGGUCUCAUGUAAUGUGAAUGCAAACCUUAGGUGUAGUUGUGACUGGUGACAGCCUACAUGGUCAUUAGAUUAUUUUUGUGUAAUUUAUUUGCGCUGUAAAUAUGGAUUCUGUAACGAUAAUGUACAGUACUCUGUGGCAUUGCGUUGGAAGACUGUAAUUUCCUUUUUGCUCUGAAGUAAAGCGAUGUGAAAGGGCA